AUGGGAGAAUGGACUUUAGAUGUGCGGCAAAGAUUGAAGGCAAAUGGCUUCAACACACUUAGGUUCGUGUUGGCUCCUCUACUAAAUGGACAUCCCAUUAAUGUCAGCUAUAGUGUCUACUUCUUCUGGAGUUAUCACUCUGCUUCCAGGGAUGCAUAUGAUUUUGAAAGUGGGGCACAUAACAUACAGCGUCUUUUUGAUAUGGCCAAACAGACAGGCCUAUGGGCAAUUGCCCGACCGGGUCCUUAUGUCAACGUAAGCAGCCAUAAUGGCUCACAACCCGAGGUUACAUGGAACAGACUGACUCAUAGAUUUCAAAAAGGCACAACAAAUGCGGGCGGUUUAGCUCUAUGGGGCUCUGAUGGCUCCAUGGGAAAGCUGCGGACCUCAGAUGAGGCCUAUCAUCAAGCUUGGCUUCCAUAUAUGAGGAAGGUCGGACAAAUCAUUGCAGCGAACCAAAUCACAAAAGGUGGUCCCGUCAUACUCUUCCAGGUAGAAAAUGUCGAAUGGAACGGCCAGCUGCUCACAGCAACCAAGACGCCCUAUGGCUCCUACACAGCCCAAAUACCUGGUACAGAAAACCGAUCAGUAACACUUCCACGUUUUAAUUACUGGCGCUCAGCAGAAUCACUCCCCGAUAUCCAGCCAGAUUUUGACGACUCCAGAUGGACGGUCGCGAACAAGAAUAGUACUCUCAGCCCACAAGCCCCUCUUACCCUGCCAGUUCUUUUUAGCUCCGACUAUGGUUACUACGCCGGAGCCAAAAUAUACCGUGGCUACUUUGAUGGCAUCGAACACACUGCAGUCAACAUUACCGCCUCUGGAGGUCUUGCGUUCGGGUGGAACGCAUGGCUAACCGGACAUCUCAUUGGGGGCCACCCUGGCGAUCCCGAUCUAUCAGCCACAAAUAUGACUCUAACGCUUCCAGUGUCCCAUCUCAAGAAGAGGAACAAUGUCAUCACAGUCUUAGUUGACUACCAUGGCCACGAUGAAACUGAUAUCCCUAACGGCGCUGAAAAUCCCAGAGGCAUUCUCGGCGCGUAUCUCCUUCCAGGAGGGACACGAACAGCAACCGGGUUCAAACUAUGGAAGAUUCAAGGUAAUGCUGGUGGUUCGAAGGAUAUUGACCCAGUCCGUGGACCCAUGAAUGAGGGUGGCCUCUAUGCUGAACGACUAGGCUGGUUCCUCCCUGGCUUUCCGGCUUCAGAUGACAAGGAGUUCAAGAGUACUUCCAGUCCGCUAGACGGCCUCUCAGAAUCAGGUGUCCGCUUCUAUGUCACAACAUUCAAUCUUGAUAUCCACAGUGAUCUAGACGUACCCAUUGGUGUUUCUCUCUCAGCGCCAAAUGGCACCAUAGCACGUGUAAUGCUUUGGGUCAAUGGGACGAAGUUUCCUAUCCCUCCGGGAAUCAUCAACAACCGGGGUCAGAAUACAUUAGCCUUGAGUGUGUGGGCGCAAACAGAUGCCGGUGCGAAGCUCGACACUGUGGAGCUGUUUACUUAUGGGUUGUAUCAAACGGACUUUCAGUUCUAUCGGAACUGGAGUUAUUUGCAGCCAAGGUGGGAGGAUAGAAGCAUGUGGUCUUAG